AUGGUUUUAACUGUAAUUAUAUUUAUUCUUCUAUUAUUUUCAUCGGCCAUCGUAACAUUUGAUGAUUAUUUGGAAAAAUUAUCUGUAAAUACGGGUGAAACAACAACAUUUAUAUGUGAUCUACCCGAACGAUAUUCUAACAAGCCAGUUGAUUUUUAUGGACCCACAGGACGUUUGUUGGUACUAAAAACCGGUGAAAAUAUUGGAAGUGAUGAUCGCACACGAUUUAUGCUUGAACAUAAAUAUGCGUGGACGUGGAGUCUUAUUCUAUCUGAUGUAUCGGAGGAGGAUGCAGGAGAAUACACGUGUCGCAUCUCAACCGAUGAUCGAACAUUAACAAUCAUAAAACGAUUUGAUUUAACCGUUUUGACACCGCCUAAAAUUGUCGAUAUAACAAUUGAAUCGAACAAUAAUGGAAUACUUAUUGAGAAUGAACAAAUUGUUUUAAAAUGUUUAACUCGUGGAGUUCCACAACCGAAAAUUCAUUGGGACAUACCAGCACAAAAUAUCAUAUCAACCGAAAAUCAUAAGCACAAUAUAAUACCUUAUGAUAACAAAUUAAUUAUAAGAAAUUUUUCACGUACAACACCAAUGAAUUAUCAAUGUAUUGCUGAUAAUGGUAUACCCCCACGUGAUACACGCACAAGACAUUUAGUUCCAGCUAUUCCACCUGAAGUAACAGUUCAAACUACAAUAUCUCGUUUUUCUUCUCAAAUUUUACUCAAUUGUACCAUAAUAGCACGUCCGUUAAGAUCUGCAAAAUGGAAACGUAAUCGUAUUGAAAUGAAUAGUAUGAAACGUAUAGAAAUUAAUGAUUAUACCAUACAAUUACCAUUUCUAAUACAAUUUGAUCCAUUAAAUUACACAAAUCUAUUUGGCAUGUAUGAAUGUGAAGCGGAAAACCAAUUUAAAGUAUCUAAAGCAUAUAUUAUCAUCAAUGAAUCAAUUCUUUCCGAUUUAGCAAUAGCAAAACAAGAUCGAAUAUCAUCAUCUCCAACUUAUGCACAAAUUGAACUUCUACUUAAUUGUUCAUUAUCUUUAUCAUAUGAUUUCUAUGUAAUAUUAUUUAUCAAUAUAUUUAUUGUGACUUCUUCAUCUGGCUUUUAUAACAAACAAUAA